AUGUAUAAAGGCAAGGAUACCGACUAUAAAUUGGGGUCGCCUAUACACGAGAAAAUACCUAGUUUUGAAAUUGGUUCUGAUAAACGAUUGGAUAUAGAAGACAGCGGACGAGAAGAAGUUGGCGACAGAAGCAAAGAACAUGACGAAGAGGACGAUGAAUACAAACGAAUUAUUGAACAAGAGUUUGAAAAAGAUCAUGAAUUCGAUGAACGUGAGUUUGAAAUUGAAGUAGUAGAUGAGGACGAGAAUAAUGAGCAAGAUUAUGAAGCAGAUACUAGCAAGUCGAUUGGGUCUUUACCUCGAAUGCCAGGUACUUAUGAUUUUUCUGGUUUGAGGAGUAACGAUAAUCAAUACAAUGAGUUAACUGAGACUUUGAAUCAAGAGGAAGGUCAUCAGACUAAAGAUGUCGAGACUGAAAAGUCAAACAACGAAGCCUCGCAUACAUAUAAGUCAACAUUAGACCCAGGAAAACCCCAACAAAACCCUCCGCCUUCCAAUUUGAACAUUGAUUCGAUAUUAAAAACUCAAUUGGAAAAUAAUAAAAGUGAAGGAAGCAUUGGUCAAAUAAUUGACAGUAUAUCAAGAAAGACGUCCAAUUCCUCUGGAGCUCCGAAUAUCAUGAAGAAUAAUACUUUGGAUAAAAUUCCAACACAUGAUGAUGAAAACAUCGAUGACAACAACGUAGAAAAUAGAGCUGGUAAUCCAAAAAUACGUGGUGAACUAAAUGCGUCCAAUGAAGCAUCAAUAAACGAUAAUAUUGCUGAUAUCAGUCAGUCAACUAUACAGACUUCUACUGAUGUUGACGACAGUAUAAAUAAAGGGAAUAAUGAUAUAAAUAAAGGAUUAUCUAAUGUUGAUAUCAGUGACGCCCUGGUAAAUGAAUCGAAACAAAGAAAUGUUUCGUCAGGAUCGGUAGUUCGAAAUCCUCCCUCGGGGACCCAAACCAAUCAAUCUAAUCAGUCAUACCAUCAGACGAGAGCUAUAACUCCUGUAAUGAAUCAAAUGAAUAAAUUUCAAAGUUCAACUUCUGAGGCGUCUUCGCCAAGAGAGCAUCUUGGUAUGGGUAUAAAUAAUAGUGCCCCAUCAACGGGCGCUAAUUCGAAUGCGUCUUCCCCUAUGAAUGGAAGUUAUCCAAACUCCAUAGCUAAAAGUCGAAGAAGUGGUAAUAGAGUGAAGGGGGUCUUUUCGAAUAUGUUUAGUAAGAAUAAGAGCAAUACAAGUGUGACUUCUUCGCCAGAAUCUCAUGCGAUAAAUAUGAAGAUAAGUACUCCGUUCAAUGCGAAACAUGUAGCGCAUGUUGGAGUCGAUGAUAACGGAUCAUAUACUGGGUUGCCUAUUGAAUGGGAAAGAUUGUUAUCAGCAAGUGGAAUCUCUAAGAAAGAACAGCAACAACACCCACAAGCGGUUAUGGAUAUAGUUGCAUUCUACCAAGAUACUAACGAUGAUAAUACAGAUGAGAAUGCAUUUAAAAAGUUUCACUAUGACAAUGAUUCAUCACAUUCGUCGAUUUAUAAUGCCACCCCUCCCUCGACUCCUGGUAUUCCUUCAACUCAUUAUGCAACACCUCUCCAGUCUGAAAAACAGCUCCAAAGACAACAAUCUCAAAAAUCACAAUCAUCGCAGCCAACACAUAUGCAAGCAACGCCCAAAACUCCAAAUAAUAAUUACGAAAAUCAAUUCAUUCCAAGCAGACCAGCUCCAAAACCACCUUCAAGCACGCCUUCGGCCAAAUCAAUGAAACCGCCACCAGUGCCUCCUUCACCAAGCACGAAUACAAACGUGUCGCCUGCUCUGAAGAAGAAUUCAUUCAUGGGCAGAUCGUUUUCUUCAAAAUCCAUUAAGGCAUUAAGGAAUAAUAGUAGAAAAAUUUCAGAGCCAGCGAAAGUACCACAAUCGAAGGUAUUAAAUAACAGUUCUGAAAUGGGAAUUCCAAAAUCAAAGUCUCACAGUAAUUCUCUUUCAACCCAAAGCGAAGUUGAACCUACAAAAGGUUCAACCACUGCUCCUGUUUCAUCUACUGCUCAAUUUAAUUCUACUACUGGCAAUAACACUAAUAACACCAAUGGCCCUGAUAUAAUUGAAGAAGAGAAAAAUAAUAGUCCAUUAUUGAAUAACCCCAAACAAAGAGAGCAAAAAUCUGAUAAUAAUAUGGAGCAAAGAGCGGCUCCUCCUCCUCCGCUUCAGCCUACAGCUCAGUCUUAUAAAAAAGAAGAGCCAUUGAAGGAGGCAUCAGAAAAGUAUAAUAAUAAAGAAAACGAUGCACCAAAGAAAAAUUCUCAAGCCCCUGUAAGAGAUGCAAAACAAGCGGCACUUUUGGCUCAAAAAAAGAGAGAAGAUAAGAAGCGUAAGAACCAGCAGAUUAUUUCCAAGUUGCAACAAAUUUGUAGCGAAGGUGAUCCUAAUGAGCUUUACAAGGAUUUAGUUAAGAUUGGACAAGGUGCAUCGGGUGGUGUUUAUAUAGCACAUGAUGUAAAUCAUAGAUCACAGACAGUUGCUAUUAAACAAAUGAAUUUAGAACAACAACCCAAAAAAGAACUAAUUAUCAAUGAAAUAUUGGUUAUGAAAGGUAGUAAACAUGAAAAUAUUGUUAACUUCAUAGAUUCAUAUUUAUUGAGAGGAGACUUGUGGGUUGUCAUGGAAUAUAUGGAAGGUGGUUCAUUAACUGAAAUUGUAACCCACAGUGUUAUGACUGAAGGGCAAAUAGGUGCAGUCUGUAGAGAAACAUUGAAAGGUUUAAAAUUCUUGCAUUCAAAAGGUGUUAUUCAUAGGGAUAUUAAAUCGGAUAACAUCUUGUUGAAUAUUGACGGUAACAUUAAAAUGACCGAUUUUGGCUUCUGUGCUCAAAUUAAUGAAAUUAACUUGAAAAGGACCACAAUGGUAGGAACACCAUACUGGAUGGCCCCAGAGGUUGUAUCAAGAAAGGAAUAUGGUCCGAAAGUCGACGUGUGGUCUCUAGGAAUCAUGAUUAUUGAAAUGAUUGAAGGAGAACCUCCGUACUUGAAUGAAACUCCAUUGAGAGCCCUUUACUUGAUUGCAACUAAUGGUACGCCUAAGCUUAAAGAGCCAGAAGCAUUGAGUUAUGAUAUCAGAAAGUUUUUAAGCUGGUGUUUACAGGUGGACUUCAACAAAAGAGGAAACGCCGACCAGCUUUUGAACGACAAGUUCAUACUUGAAGCCGAUGACGUAGAAUCGUUAUCGCCACUCGUCAAAAUCGCUGCUAUGAAGAAGGCUUCGGAACACGAUGAGUGA